AUGUCUGAACCUCCGAAGCUUCCGAAGAAGAAAGUUGACAAGAGCCAAAUAUCUAGACCUAUUGGGUCUAUAGAUAGCUUGGGCUUCAGGGCCACCGCAUAUGAGCGACAACCCUCUUCGACCCAGAGAAGACAUCAACCGACAAGCAACACGUUCCCAUCUUCAAAUCAAACUCAGUCUACACAAAAUCAACAUACAAUGGCAAGCAGCAACAACAAUCAUGUGCAACAGAACUUCGGCAGUGGUACCGAUCCUUCCGGUGGUUCUCAACACUCGUCCACCCAGAAUCAACAAGCAUCCGGAGCCUCUAGUCAUGCCCCCAAUCAAUGUAGCCAGAUGGCCCAACCUCGCCCAUACCAAGCAAGUAAUCAACAAUCAAACAAUGGUUCUCAAUGCCUGCCACCCCCAGUUUCACAUCGACAACCUAUGAUAUCUCGCCCACCCCCCAAUCAACCUCCCCAAGCAACCCAGCCUCCUUCAUACCAAGCAAGUGACGAACUAUCGAACGCGAACUACAAACGCAUACCAGGCCUCGAAAUCUUCAUUCCACGAGACCCCGCUGUUGCAAAUGGAUUAUCUGGGAGUACUAACCCUGGGCGUUCCAAUACCAAUGAUCAACCAUCUCAUUCGGCUGGCAAUACUCACCUUGGGCGUUCUAUCAAUGGUCAACAGUCUCAUUUGGCCAGCAAUACAAAUGUUUCGAGUUCUAGUAUUCCUACUAAUGAUGGCCCUUCCAGCAAUCAACAGUGGGGAUGGGGUGGUGAAGAUGGUAUGCUAGAUCCAGCACAGGCGGCACAUUUCCACGACAAAUAG